AUGACGAACAAUUUUGAAAAUGACGAAGCAACAGGCAAUGAUGCACAAUUUGCUGGUGAUGAUCGUAAAUAUGGAAAUAUCCAAGCAGGUGAUGGUUCACGAUUUCGUCAACGAGGACUAUUUGGUCUUCGGGGAAGAACUUUGUACCAACGAUUGGAAACAUUGUUGCCACAAUACAAUACUUUAACAAAUCCCGAAUUGGCAGCCAUAACAGAAAAUGCAGGUAUCAUUGCUGCUCAACUUUGGAAAAAUCCAAACUUGUUCGACGAAAAACCAUUAACAAAUUAUGCUGAUGGUACAUUUUUUGGAUUUUCGAUGGUAUGGUUUAAAUUAACCGGAAGUAUUGAAAAGUUAGCUCAUGCCACCAAACAAUAUUCGAAAUUUUUACGACGACUACAAUGUGGUGGUGAUGUGUAUCCAGGUCAAGGAGUGAACUGUACAUAUAAUGCUACGCAUCAAGGUGUUUGUUCACCAGAUUGUAUUAAAGGUCUUGAAGAUUCCGGUGAAUAUUGUGGGUGUGUUGGUGGAAGGGGUCCUCAGUGUCCGAAUAGUCCAGUUCAUGUUCGGUGUUGCUUAGAUACUUGUUCACAAGAGCUGAAAAUGGAUCUGGGAUUAGUUCUCGAUGCUAGUGGUAGUAUCGGUUCAGACAAUUAUGAAUUGCAACGAAAUUUUGUCAAAGAUUUACUUCGUCGAGUUAAUGUUGGUAGAAAUAAAACUCAUGUUGGCAUUGUAAAUUAUUCGACGAGAAAUGAAACUUUGACAUGGUUAGAUCGAGAUUAUACCCUCCAACAAAAAAUACAAGCAGUUGAGGGAGCAACUUACUUUGGACAAGGUACAAGCACGGCUAAUGCUCUUCGGCAAAUAAAUAAGGUUUUUUCAUCUGACCGUGGUCUUCGAGAACCGGAAUAUGGUGCUACACAAGUCAUCUUUGUAAUAACUGAUGGAGCAAGUGAUAAUCGAAAUGCUACUAUAGAAGCUGCUAAAAUUUUAAAAGACAAAGAUAUUCAUAUAGUCAGUGUCGGAGUCGGAAAUGAUUCAAAUCUUGAUCUCAUCGAAUUGCACGCUAUUUGUACACCACCCGAAACCGAUAAUUAUUUUGCAAUUUCAGAUUUUGCAGCUCUUGAUCGCAAAUUAAAUCAAUUUACAUCGAAAACCUGUUCAGAACCUGCUCCUCUUCCAACAAACACUACCGUCACUGGUGAAGUUGGAAAAGAUAAAUACAAAUUUUUAAAAAUUAAAAUUGAAAUAGUUGGUAACAAAAUUAAAAUUACUAUUACAUUGUUUAAUGGCAAAGUACUUGCAUUCUACUCGUUCAAUAAUCGAAAUCCGAAAGAUCCCAACGAUUUCAAUCUUUAUGAAACAAAGACAAGCAAUGUCUUUGGAAGAUUUUUUCCAUUAUCCAAUUCAUAUUCAAAGGAAACACGAGCUUCCAGUAAUGAAAUGACAUUGGUCAUUGAUAAACCUGAUACAAAUCCGGAGUUCGUCUAUGUCGGUAUUAAAGGCGUCGAAGAUGAUAACAAAUUCGAAUCGGAUACUCAACAAGGUACAGAUGUCAGUUAUCAAAUACUUAAGACAAAAAGUAUAAUGUGA